AUGGCGAUACAAGCGCAGUUGAGUUAUAACGCUGCUCCGAACGCGAACCAAAUUGGGUUUCCGGUAAUCGGCGGUGGUGGUGGCGGGUCGGAGUUUUCUUUGAUCGGCAACAAUGGCGGAAUCCGAUCAGGAAUCGAGCAGUCGUUUAUGAAUAACAAUCUCCAGUCGCAGAAAGAUUUCAGCCAGCAAACUCUGUUUCCACAUCAACAGAAUCGCUCUCAGAGCUUUUUAGACGCUCACAUGGAGAAACAGAGGCAAGAGAUCGACCAGUUCAUCAGAUUACAGAACGAGAGGCUGAGAUACGUGUUGCAAGAACAGAGGAAGCAAACGAUGGAGAUGAUCUUGAGGAAAAUGGAAACGAAAGCUUUGGUUUUGAUGACACAGAAGGAAGAAGAGAUAACGAAAGCAUUGAGCAAGAACAUGGAGCUCGAAGAUCUGUUGAGGAAAAUGGAGAUGGAGAAUCAGACGUGGCAGAGAGUGGCGCGCGAGAACGAGGAAAUGGUAGCGACGCUUAACUCGACGCUCGAGCAGGUCCGAGAGAGAGCCGCCACGUGUCACGACGCAGCGGCGGAGGACGAAGGGUCGAGUUGCGGCGGCGGAGAUAGUUUUCCGGCGGAGAAGAAGAUGAGUAGCUGUUGCUUGAAUUGUGGGUCUAACGGAGUAACGAGAGUUCUGUUUCUGCCGUGUAGGCAUCUCUGUUGCUGCACGGAUUGCGAGACGGGUCUUGUUCUUUGUCCGAUCUGUAAUACGCCCAAGAAGAACAGAAUCGAGGCCUUUAUUUUCUAG